AUGAUUGCGCUCGUGCAGCAGCUGCUGGACACGGUGGUGAAGAUCCCCAGGUUGCUACGAUCGCCCUUUGUUGCGGCGCUGUUCCAGGUCAGCAACUCGACUUUCGAUGACGAGAUGGGACGCACAUCGGUGCGUGAAGGCUGGCUCAAGACCCGCUUUUGGCUCAAGGGCAACCGCGAGAACGUCCGUAUCAAUCGCGCCUCUGUCUCGUGGGAUAACGAGUGCUUCAACUGCAUGUGUGUGGUGAAGCGCGUGAACUUCCGGGCGAAGCGCCUGCGCUGGGUGUCGCUGAAGACGUCGAGUAUUGCCAUCUUCGACUCGAUUGAAGACACAAUCGCUCGCAAGGCCUUCCUCUUCGACAGCAAGUUUAACAUCGAACGCGGCCUUGCUACCACGGGCUCAAGUACCACUUUGCUGGUCUCAAACGCCACGUACGUUCUUCAGAUGGAGGCGAAGUCGAAGCAAGCGCUUCUCAAAUGGGCAAACGAUAUCCGUCGGGUUGCAGAGGCUUCCAACUGGUCGCAGGCGCAUCGUGAUGGAUCGUUCGCCAUCCCGCGUAACCCCGUGCAUAUGACGUCGUUCGCGCAAUGGUAUGUUGAUGGAAGCGGUGCAUACGAAGCUAUUUACCACGCCAUUCAGUCGGCCAAGAAGGAGAUUUUUAUUGCUGGUUGGUGGGUGUGCCCGACUAUCCAUCUACUGCGUCCUGCGGAGCAGUACCCCGAGUCCCGGCUCGACCUUGCGCUGCAGAAGAAGGCGGAGGAAGGAGUUCAAGUCUACGUGCUCAUGUACAAGGAAGUGUCCGUGGCGCUGACCCUGAACAGUAUGUUCUCAAAGCAAGUGCUAAGCAAACUGCACAAGAACGUCCACGUGCUCCGCGACCCCGACUUUUUGAUGAAGCAGCUUGGUCUGUGGUCCCACCACGAAAAGAUCGUGAGUGUUGACCAAAGAGUGAGUUUCGUGGGUGGCCUCGACCUGUGCUUCGGACGUUGGGACACGCAUAGCCACGAGCUGUUUGACGAGCCUGGGAAACCAACGGAUUUCGUCGGCAAGGACUUUUCCAACCCUCGCGUGAAGGACUUCAUUGAAGUCGACCGCCCUGAGGAGGAUAUGAUCGACCGCAAUGUUGUGCCUCGCAUGCCGUGGCACGACUGCCACUGCCGUCUUGAGGGCCAGCCAGCUCGCGAUGUGGCACGCCACUUUGUCCAGCGCUGGAACUACUCCGUGUCUACUCGCAAGAAAUCGAGGAAGCUGCAUCACCUCGUGCCCAUGAAAGAUUACCCGGUAACGAUCAUCGACAAGCACGGUCCCCAGAAAUUGACCAAGCGACUUCAGAAGGCCGUGCAUGCUGUGCGUGCGAUGCGUGGACUGUCGAGAGCUCGUGCCAACACCGACAACCGUGGGUUCAACAGCGACCGUCGGAUGGCUCGCAUGCUGAGCAGCCAGAAUGAGUCAGGCAAUGUGCCUAUCCUUCAAGAUGAUCACGCCGAUGUGAUGCUAGACUUACCUGAUGGGGAUGAAGAAGGCGACGAAGCCUUUGAGAAACACAAGCAAGAAGUUGCUGCCCGCGGAUACCGCGUGAACACGCAGAUUCUACGCAGUUUGUCCCUGUGGUCGGGCGGCGUGGCCACUGAGCGCAGUAUCCAGAACGCGUACAUCCGUCUCAUCGGGUCUGCGCAGCACUUCGUCUACAUUGAGAAUCAGUUCUUCGUGUCUGGCCUCGAGGGAGACCACGGCUGUUCGAACCGCAUUGCCAAUGCACUUGUGGAGCGAAUUCGCCGCGCGUCGGACAACAACGAGAAAUUCCGCGUGAUUGUAGUCAUGCCGCUCUUGCCAGCCUUCCCUGGUAAACCGGACGACAAGGAUGCCAGUAGUCUGCGCGGUGUGAUGCAUUGGCAGUAUCGCACGAUCUGCCGUGGCGAGCACUCCAUAUACCAGCGACUGUACCAAGAGCUGGAGGACGACGACCCGUUCAAGUACAUUGCCUUCUAUGGGCUGCGCAACCACAGCAACCGCGAGGGUGCCCAGGCUCAGACUGAGGAGGUGUACAUCCACAGCAAGGUGAUGAUCGUCGACGAUCGAGCGUGCAUCAUCGGUUCCGCCAACAUCAACGAACGCAGUAUGUGUGGCGAUCGCGACUCGGAGAUCGCUGUUCUGGUCGAGGACCACGAGAUGGAGGAGGAGAUCACCAUCGCUGACGGCGCGUACAGCGUGGGCAAGUUUGGACACUCUUUCCGCAUGAAGCUGUUCGAGGAGCACUUCGGUAUUGAGCCAGGCACUCCGCUGUACCACAAGUACCAAGACCCGGUGAGCAAGGACGCGUGGUUCUCGAUGCAGGAGCAGGCGAUGAACAACCACCAGAUCUACGAUUCAGUGUUCGGGUGCCUGCCCUCGGACAGCGUCACGAGUUUUGCCCAGAUCGACUCGCACAUUCAGUCCGCGCAGGGCCUCGACACGUCGGGCCGCGGCGCGGACGAGGCGGUCGCCGCAGCGUUGGGAAGCGGCAUUACGGAUGCGACCAGCAACAACGAUGAGCACGUCCGCUCGUCGUCGGUGAGCGAGCGAACCCUGUCGCCCCGGGGCGGUAGCUCAAGAGGGCGCAAGUCGGUGUUCAGCGGCGCAAUGAACGUGAACAUGAAGGAGAGCUCGCACAUCGCCGAGAAGAAGCACGAGCUGAGCAACGUGAAGGGCCACAUCGUGUACUUCCCGCUCAAGUUCCUCGUGGACGAGGAUCUCGAGCCGAAGCUGUUCCCGGCCACCCUCUUCCAGUGA